AUGACGGUCAAAGAUACGGUAACUGCCAGUGUUGGGCUGUUGAAGCCGCAGCAUGUCAUGAUGCUCAUUUUAGGAGCUCUUAUCCUGGCAGCGGUAUAUCACGUUCUCUUCUACGUCUACAAUAUCUACUUCCACCCACUGUCCAAAUACCCAGGCCCUCGCCUCGCGGCUGCGACACCACUCUGGCUCGUCUCGUCUUACUUUGGCGGCAAGACACCUACCGAUCUGCUUGAAUUGCACAAUAAGUAUGGUCCAGUCGUGAGGACAUCUCCGGAUGGCUUGUCUUACAUCAAAUCGCCACAAUGGAAGGAGAUCUACGGCCACAAGACAGGGCAGCUGGAGUUUGCUAAAGACGAGAAAUACUUCGCCGGACUGAAAGGAGAACCGAUCAUCCUCAAUGCCGACAGACACUACCAUGGCUAUAUUCGCAAGCUCUUUGCCCACGGCUUCUCAGAGAAGGCUUUGAGAGAGCAAGAACCUGUUCUGAAGGAGUAUGUUGAUCUGAUGUUCCAGAAAAUCGUCCAAGAGGGACAGAAUGGUCAUAUGCCCGUGGAUAUUCUUAAGUGGUAUAAUUUCGUGACUUUUGAUUUUAUUGGAUAUCUUAGUAAGUGUUUGAUCAGCACUUAUCUUGACUUAGGCAUGGGCAUUACCCGGCCCGCGGGUCCCACGGGUACCCGCGAAAUGGGUCGGGUAGUUAUGGGUAGUGCCCGAAAGUUUUACUAUUACCCACGGGUACCCAUGGGUAAAGUGGGUUUGGGUAAAAAAGCCCACGGGUAG